CCGCGGCCCUUGGCAGCCCCGCGCCCGGCAGCUGCGCACGGGAGGCCGGAGUCGGAGCGCGCGUCCCGGAGCCGCCGCAGCCGCCGCCGCCGCCGAGGUAUUACAUAAGCUACUUUAAGCAUGGGAGAAAUAGAGCAGAGGCCGACCCCAGGGUCGCGACUGGGAGCCCCGGAGAAUUCCGGAAUCAGUACCUUGGAGCACGGACAGAAGCCGCCCCCAACGCCUUCAGGGAAACUCAUAUCCAUCAAAAUCCAGAUGCUAGAUGAUACCCAGGAGGCAUUCGAAGUUCCACAAAGGGCUCCAGGGAAAGUGCUGCUGGAUGCUGUUUGCAAUCACCUCAACCUCGUGGAGGGUGACUAUUUUGGCCUCGAGUUUCCUGACCACAAAAAGAUCACAGUGUGGCUGGAUCUCUUAAAACCUAUUGUGAAACAGAUUAGAAGGCCGAAGCAUGUUGUUGUUAAGUUUGUGGUGAAAUUCUUCCCACCUGACCACGCACAGCUCCAAGAAGAACUCACAAGGUACCUGUUUGCUCUGCAGGUGAAGCAGGACUUGGCUCAAGGCAGAUUGACGUGUAACGAUACCAGUGCUGCUCUCUUGAUCUCGCACAUUGUACAAUCUGAGAUUGGGGAUUUUGACGAAGCAUUGGACAGAGAACACUUAGCAAAAAAUAAGUACAUACCUCAGCAAGAUGCACUAGAAGACAAAAUUGUGGAGUUUCACCAUAACCACAUCGGACAAACACCGGCUGAGUCUGAUUUCCAGCUCCUGGAGAUUGCCCGUCGGCUGGAGAUGUACGGGAUCCGGCUGCACCCGGCCAAGGACAGGGAAGGUACUAAGAUCAACCUGGCCGUUGCCAACACAGGAAUUCUGGUGUUUCAGGGUUUCACUAAGAUCAAUGCCUUCAACUGGGCGAAGGUGCGGAAGCUGAGCUUCAAGAGGAAGCGCUUUCUCAUCAAGCUCCGCCCUGACGCAAACAGCUCCUACCAGGAUACCUUGGAAUUCCUAAUGGCCAGCCGGGAUUUCUGCAAGUCCUUUUGGAAAAUCUGUGUGGAACAUCAUGCCUUUUUCAGACUUUUCGAAGAGCCCAAACCAAAGCCAAAGCCUGUUCUCUUUAGUCGAGGCUCGUCCUUUCGGUUCAGCGGUCGGACUCAGAAGCAGGUUCUCGACUACGUAAAAGAAGGAGGCCAUAAGAAGGUGCAGUUUGAAAGGAAACACAGCAGGAUUCAUUCCAUCAGGAGCCUUGCGUCACAGCCCGCAGAGCCGAACUCAGAAGUGCCAAAACAAUCUCCACAGAGCACUGGCCUUACCUAUGGAGAAGGUGCUGAACUGCCAGGUGGCCAGAGCUGCCAGCAAGGAAGAGAACUGAAAGUUUCAGCUGAAGAGCCUGGGCCGCAACAAAGUCCUUCUCUGCAGAAGAGCCCACUGGGUAACAAGAAGGCAGAUGGAGCCAUCUUGGUGACAAUGGAGGAAGAGGAGGAGGCCGUUAAGGAUAGGAGCCAGCAGAGUAAACCUCAGCCCCUGCAGCCAAGCACAGGUCCAGCAUCCAGGGCUGCUGGAGGCAGCAGCGCCUCUAUCCCUUUCAUUGACUGCAGUGAUGUAGAUAGCGAAUACGAUCUUCUCAGAGAACAAGUGUCCCAGUCACGGUCCCAAACAAAUGACAAUUAUGAGGGUGAUUUGACUAGUGGUGUGUAUCUGUUCUCCAGGGAUGAGAGGCAGAUAGAGGCUAGGCAUAGGGCUUCCCUUCAUUCUGUAAAGUCCUCCCGGCCUCCCUCCAGAGAAUUCAUUGAUGACGAUUCAGCAGACAUAACCUUUGAUAUCAGUGGGAGCCCGAGACUCCCAAGACAUAGCUCUCUGAUAGAUGAAAUGUUUAGGGGCUCAGGUGAUCACAGCCCGCUGGCCACCCCGUUGUCUCCCAGCAGCAGAAGCUCAAGUCCAGGCUCCCUGACUGGUAGCCCUCACCUUUCAGAGCUGUCUGUCAACUCGCAGGGCGGGGCGGCACCUGCCAACGUGACUUUGUCACCCAACCUGAGCCCCGACACCAAGCAGGCCUCUCCCUUGGUCAGCCCACUGCUGAAUGACCAGGCAUGCCCAAGGACGGACGACGAGGAGGAGGUCCGUAGAAAGAGAUUCCCUACUGACAAAGCAUACUUCAUCGCUAAGGAAGUAUCCACCACUGAACGAACAUACCUGAAGGACCUUGAAGUCAUCACUUCAUGGUUUCAGAGCACAGUGAGCAAGGAGGACUCCAUGCCCGAGACGUUGAAAAGUCUCAUAUUCCCGAAUUUUGAACCUUUGCACAAAUUUCACACUAGUUUUCUCAAGGAAAUUGAGCAACGACUUGCCCUGUGGGAAGGCCGCUCCAAUGCCCACAUCCAGGGAGAUUACCAAAGAAUCGGUGAUGUCAUGUUGAAGAACAUCCAGGGCAUGAAGCCCUUGGCCGUUCACCUGUGGAAGCACAAUGAGGCUUUGGAGGGACUAGAGAAUGGGAUCAAGGGCUCCCGGCGGCUGGAGAACUUCUGCAGAGACUUCGAGCUACAGAAGGUGUGUUACUUGCCGCUCAACACCUUCCUGCUGCGGCCGCUGCACCGACUUAUGCACUACAAGCAGGUCCUGGAGCGGCUGUGCAAGCACCACCCCCCGAGCCACGCCGACUUCAGGGACUGCCGAGCUGCUUUGGCAGAGAUUACCGAGAUGGUGGCACAGCUUCACGGUACAAUGAUCAAAAUGGAGAAUUUCCAGAAGCUGCAUGAACUCAAGAAAGAUUUAAUUGGCGUUGACAAUCUCGUGAUUCCAGGAAGGGAGUUCAUCCGCCUGGGAAGCCUCAGCAAGCUCUCUGGGAAGGGGCUACAGCAGCGCAUGUUUUUCCUGUUCAACGAUGUCUUGCUGUACACAAGCAGAGGGCUGACAGCCUCCAAUCAGUUCAAAGUCCAUGGCCAGCUCCCCCUCUACGGCAUGACCAUAGAGGAAAGUGAGGACCAGUGGGGGGUGCCCCACUGCCUUACGCUCCGGGGCCAGCGCCAGUCCAUCAUUGUGGCUGCCAGUUCACGAUCCGAGAUGCAAAAGUGGGUUGAAGACAUCCAGAUGGCCAUUGAUUUGGCAGAGAAGAGCAGCGGCCCCACCCCAGAGUUACUGGCAAGCAGCCCCCCUGACAAUAAGUCCCCGGAAGAGGGCAUGGCCGUCGACCAGGAGUCCGAGGACGACCUCAGCGCCUCGCGCACAUCGCUGGAGCGCCAGGCCCCGCACCGUGGCAACACCAUGGUGCAUGUGUGCUGGCACCGCAACACCAGCGUCUCCAUGGUGGACUUCAGCAUCGCUGUGGAGAAUCAGUUAUCUGGGAACCUGCUGAGGAAAUUCAAAAACAGCAAUGGGUGGCAGAAGCUGUGGGUGGUCUUCACUAACUUCUGCCUCUUCUUCUACAAAUCACACCAGGACAGUCACCCCCUCGCCAGCCUGCCUCUGCUGGGAUACUCGCUCACCGUUCCCUCUGAGUCCGAGAACAUCCACAAAGACUACGUGUUCAAGCUGCAUUUCAAGUCCCACGUGUACUACUUCAGGGCCGAAAGUGAAUACACGUUUGACAGGUGGAUGGAGGUGAUCCGAAGUGCCACCAGCUCGGCCUCACGCACCCACAUCUUAAGUCACAAAGAAUCUCAUGUGUAUUGAUGGCUGGACACACUUGUUGAUUGUUUUCCAGAAGACAUUACUUCUUUCUGUAUUAAUGAAGCCUAGUAAAAUUAACACCCGUCUGAAAAACAAAAAUGUGGUUUUACGGCAACUCUCGUCUGUCUCUGCAGAACGGUUUUUUUAUCCUUGUCUUUUCUGCUGUUGAUUUCUCACCUGAAUGGAAGUGCUCCCACCUCCGGUCCUGGGUGCCGUCUGUCUGUCAUUCUCUGGGUGGGCUGUUUUUUUAAGCUUGUGCCAGCACUAAAACACUGUCAUUCUAGAGUGCCAAAUGACAUUUUUCCUCCACAACUGCACCUUAAAAACAGUACAGACACAUCCAUUCGACCAACAGGACAAGUGCUCUUUCUUAAAAAAGAAAUUUCCAUUGUUUUCAUCCCUAGGCUGUUGCAUUUUAACAAUGGAAUACGCAUCUCCCAGUGUCUGCAAUACACAUGACUCCGUCUUAAGCAAAUGAGAUCAUUUUCAGAUUUCGGUUUUUUUUUUUUUCAAUCUUUCUACUUUUAUAAUAACAGAGUAGCAGGACUGCCUUCUUAGACUGUAAGCAUUCUGCAGCACACACGGUUUCCACUUUGGGGUUCUAUGCUCCAAUGGAAACCCUCAUCAUUAGACCUACUUCUUGGCCCAAGUUGGCCAAAUUGUUUAAAUGAUUACUAUUUACAGACGUAGCAGACUUGUGUUCUGUUCACAGAGCAGUGGAAACCCAGCACAGUAUCUGGAACCACUGUCCUGUGAGUGGUGUAUACAAUGGGAAGAUAGUAAGCCGUGGUGUUUUGCUGUUUGUUUCAUGAGCAUGAAAAAACCUGUAUGUCAUUGAUCAGGGCCGUCUGUGGUACGUUACGUUACAGAGUGUUUUUGUGAGUUUAUGUGGAUUCAGAAACAGUAUAAAGUAAUGGUACGUAGUCCCUGGGCCCCCGUUAUUAUACCUAUAUCCCACUGCAACUGUGGUUGGACACUACGCACUUAAUAGUAGUAUAUAUUGUGCCUGUCUUCAAAAAACAUUCUUUUCUCUUUUUAUACUCAUCCUCCCCAGCAUAGGGUACUGGCAGUAUGACAUUGCACAACCUUGACAGCUGGACUACACAGGGAACUUGGUUUCCAACAAAUGCUUGGGCCCACUAGUCAAAAAAUGUCUGCCUCUUCUCUCUGGUGAUCGGGCAGCUGCUAUUCCCUUUUCACUGAAGGUCCUUUCUACAGCAAGUCUGACACAAUCCAGAGGAGGAGGGGGCCAGUUCAACACAGCUCUCGGCCAGCAUUCUGUACCGCAGCUGGGAAAGCCUACCUAAUUCAGAAACAUGCAGGCAACACAGCGCUGGAGGAGCUGUGACUGGUAUAUGUGGGCACAGCAGUUUACAAAUGGACAUAGAGUUUGAGACUUGUUCAUCAUUUGCCUUACAAAUAUGUACCAGAUGGUUUUAAGUACUAACAAAAGGGAAUAAAAAUACCUCACGCCACAGUCCAGCAUACUGAAGUUUUAAGGCAAAACCACCAACCUCGUCUCCUGUCUUUAUUUUCAUCAAACGUGUGUGGCAGGGCCGGGGGCGGGCAUAGGCCAACAGCACCGCCUCCCUGCUGGUCAGGGGAAGGUGUCAUGGAGAAAACAGAUUCAACCACUCACCAAGACAAAUAACAUUUUUAAGGAAAACUUACUUUCUACAGUCUUCUUUCUUGAACUUGGUUGCUUUUGGGGAAAUAAAACAUUUCUAGAAGGAGACCAAGAAUUAGCAGGAUAUAUAAAAGGCAAAGACCACCCAAGUGAAGGGUGAAGGAGAGUGGUCAGGGCCACAUUCCUGUGAGGAAGGCACAGCUGUGAAAGGCCCUGGAAACAAAAGUGGGCACUGAGGUUUCUCCAACACCCUGCAGGCAGGACAGACACCCUGGGGAUGUGAAACUGCAGUGCGCUUCACCAGUUACCGCGCAGCCUGGACGGCAGAGGUAGCAUCAGAAAAAUUCUCCCUCCGGAAGUCAUGACAGACUUGAGGAGAAGGUACAACCCUUUCUCGGUAUUUGUAAAUGAUUCUAUGACCGGGACCUCUGUUUCCCUGCCUACAGAACCUUAGAACUAACUAGACCCCAGCUAAGUGCCGACAUUGUUCUUGCCACCACCCUACCCAACGUUUCCUGGAAAAUUCUACCCACAGAGCUGUACUCGCACACAUGAACCAUGAGUGUCUCCAUAAGCUUUCAGGUUAUCAACAAAGAUUUGGAUAACCUGGACUUCAACUACAGAGCGAAAAUACAGGGCACUAUGUCCUUUACCAUCUUAACAAAGGAGGAGGGGUGUGCGUGUCUUAGUUACACAGUGCUGCCAUAACAAAUACCACAAGUGGGUGGCUUUAAAGAAGGAGAUUUUUUUUCUCACAGGAGGCUACAAGUCUGAGUCCAGGCGUGGCUCUAGAAAGAGGUCCGUCCUUGUCAACAGAAGCUCUUGCUGUUCCUUUAAGUAAGUCUGUUGUCAGUCCCCAGUCUGUGUCUGACCUGGUCUUUUAUUAAAACUCAGAAGUGAUUAGGUUAUAGGACCCGCCCUAUGCUGGUAUGGCCUCAUUAACAUAAGAAAGGAAAACCUCUGUUUCCAAACAGGGUCAUAUUCACAGGUCAACACAUUCCGGGGGACCACAAUUCAUUCUAUAGCAGUGGGUAUAUGCAUCACCUAACCCCCUUGUGAACACAAAGGAAAAGCUAGGUGAAAAUAACAUGGGUGACUUAGACCCCUCCCCAAAUGCCAGGACAGAUGGACUCUCAGACAGUCUCUACACAGAAGACACAAAAUUACAAAAACAGUUCUUAUCUGUGCAGUUACUGACCCCUUGCAUCAGGUGGUACCUGUGCUUAAGAACACUCCGUAACUAACUUUCUCCCCAUUAUUACCAUAUUUUGUAGCAGAAAUUCAGAAGCUAUAUUUCUAAAGGAAAGAAAUAUAAAAAAUGCUUAUAAACUGAACGUACGUUUUAGCAAAAGAAAGGCACAAAACGCUACAUAAAGAACUGGACUAGACACUUCCCAACACCAACUCAACAACAGGUUACAAAGCUACUGGAUUCGCAAGGGAUGUGGCAUUCAUUACAUCAAAAUGAGAAGAGCCCACAGGAGCCACAGCCUCUUCUAACCAGAGACCCAACAGGUGGUACCGGAUAGAAUGGGAGAAAAACGAAGAGCAAACUCAAAUUCCUAAAAAAGGCCAGGCCUACUAGACUAACAGAGACGAGAGGAACCUCCAAGACUAUCGCUCUAAGACACCCUUUGAACUUGGAACUGAAGCUAUUUCUUCAGGUCACCUUUCAUUCAAAUAACACAUUGGCUUAUAAUUAAUAUCACCUGUGAGUAAUGUCCCUUAAUUAACCAACUUACCAAAUGAUCAACAUCUACCCAAAAGCAAGGAGGGGAAGGGAAGCUAGGUCGAUGGAAACAGAACAAACAGAAUGGGAAUAGUAAGAAUGCUGAAACAUUGUAAAAACUGUAACCAAUGACAGGGAAUCAUCUAUAUAAAAACUGUUAAAGGGGAACCUAAUUCGCUGUGUAAACGUUCACCGAAAACACAGUACUAUUUAAAAAGAGAACGGCUCUGUUACACUGCCAGGGCAUUACAAACCACACCAGUGGCCCACCACAAGGAAUGCAGUCAGCUGGGGACACACAAAAGACAAGUUCUAAGUGGCAUAACCACCAGGCCAAAUAAACCACUGCCAUCACUUCUGUCCUGCCACUCAUUUUUGUAUCAAGUUUUCUACACCAAACAGCACAAACACAGCCUGCAGUCGAGGCAAACACACCACAAUGUGAGUCUGGCAUGAGAUGCUACCAAGCGUUGGUCAAUCCUCUCAAAUGCUGAGCCCACAGGUCUGGCUAAGUACCAACGACCAUCGAUACUGCCUAAGGCAGGUUCAUUUUUAGUUCCAGUUUCUGGUCUCUCUUCCAAUGAAGGACCUGGAGUGGAUACACAGAUGGUAGCCCCUUUGGCUGACCAAGAUCCCCUGAGAACAUUUCAGCCGACUAUCUACACAAAGGAAGCCCUGGUGGCAUAGUGGUUAAGCGCUACAGCUGCUAACCAAAGGGUCGGCAGCUGGAAUCUGCCAGGCGCUCCUUGGAAACUAUGGGGCGGUUCUACCCUGUCCUAUAGGAUCACUAUGAGUCGGAAUUUACUCGACAGCACUGGGGUUGGGUUUUUUUUGUAUCUACAGAAAGUAAUAAACCAGAAGAGCUUGUACAGGGGGAUGAUCGAUUUUCAAAAUCCAGUCAAACCUGUUCACCAGGAAGCUUCAUCUACAGAAGAGGUUUCUAAUGCACUCUGAGAGUGCCUUGCAGCUUACACAGGAGAUGGAACUGUAUUACAGCAGCCUAGUGACUGCAGAGUGUCUGCUAACUGUUCACACCGAUAAGCUUAAGUAGGACCCAGCCUCCCCUAUCAACACAACCACAGCUACUCACACUUGGGAUUGGCGUCAGCAUCCAAAGUCAUGACCUCACGGCCGUUUGUAAAUCUGAAGAGCUCUGUAAGUCAUAAACUUCUUAAAACCAGACAAGCAGCACUGCCUGGACAAAAAGGAUUCACUGCUUUGAGUGUGAAUCUUUCUCCUGCAAUACCUCAUAGAGGGAAACAUCUCACCCAUAGAGUUGUAUACUCUCUAGAAACACAAAAUAUUCUCAAAUGUUAGUGUUCACGCUACAGUUCUGGCUCCAGAAUAAUGCCUCCAGUUGGCGUUGGCAUUAACGCUCUGUAAGGGAUGCAUUUUGGUCAGAAGUGGAAGUUAACAGUUUGACCCAAAUCUACUUCUAAUACAAAAAUCAUGAUUUAAUUUUAGAGUUUAAAAACUAGAUCCUUUAACUCAUCUAGCCACUAACCAUCCAAACCCCGCUGGCUCAGGCCCUGCCGCCUCCCUGUAAUUUAAUAGCUACUAGGCCAGCAGACACUCAGCUUCCAUCCGGAAGUUUACCCGGUGGCUUAUUUCCAGAAGUCCUUUGUCUCCCCCCUCAAGAUCUGGCACUCCGACAACAAAACGAUGAUGGCAGUAAUUAGCAUCAGCAAAUACAAAGAACGCCGGCUUAAAUCAGGGAGUCGAGGACUGCUACAAGAAUCUAUUUCCCAUCCCAGAAACCAACGGAUUAUUUCCAGGCCAGCAAGGUCCUGCAGCAAGCCGAGAAAAAUAUGGCCACGCGGGCUGACAACCUAAUGGACACAGGCUCCUUAAAAAAAUAAAACCAUCUUCACUGAGGUCCCCGGGAAGAGGUACAGCAAUUUUACACAUCAGCAACGUUCAAGCCCAUCUUCUCAAGGAACUAACGUUCCAGAAGCUGCAGAGGGAGCCGACGUGGACAUUUGGCGUUCUGAACCUGAGCACUUUUUCCUUUGGUGUUCUGAUGCAUCUCACCACACACAACCACACACACAGCACAUCUCCGCAGGCGCCUGCUCCUCUUAGGAGUCAUGUGUCAAGAAGAGUAUGCAAAGUCAGUGUGUUAUAAAAUUUAUUGGUGUAAGCAUUCAGACACUUUCAGGUGGGCAAGAUGAUAUGCAGGUUUUACUACAAGGUUCAACAGAAAAUAAUAUCGAAAAGGACGGUACAGCUGGCGAGGGACCGGCAGUGGCACGAUUCAAAACAAACGGUAAACGAGAGCGCUUCGUCUGGGAGAAACUUAAGGUAAUAAUUUAAAGCUUCAUGAGGCAAGAUAUGUUCCAAUUUAAAACACUAAGAAAUAGUACCAUCAAUGAAAAAGGAAAUCAACUUCUAAGUGUACCAAAAGGGAUUUGGGCAAAUGAGGAAAAUUUGCAUUUGUUGAGGUACAAACAGGAGUUUUCCCUAAAGAGGGGCAUUAAUUAUUAUUAAUGGCAAACCCUGCAAAUACAAAAUAAAACCCAAAUCACUGGCCACAUAAUUCAAAAUUUACAUGUUUAAUAAAGGCAAGGCAAUAGACUCAAGUUAUGGCCUGUCAAAUAUGUACUCCACUGACAUUAUCUACAGAAGCACUUGGCCAAUUUGUACACAGUGAUUCUUUAUGCACGCCAAAAGGGUUUCCGUAAAAAGGACACUAUAUACAAGUCUGUACACCGAUCCACCACAGCGAUUCUCCGGCUCCCGGGGGGAGUUAUCAACUUAAAGCAGGAUACCUGAGGUUUCAUUUCUUCAGUUGCCUUAUCAUAAUCCCAAAUAUACAUUUCAGGGUUGGUUUCUGUUUUUAAAGAUACUUUCCUUGAAUAUGUGCACUAUGGUUAAAAUUAAAAAAAAAACAGUGAACUAAAACGAUCGCUUGAAGGAGCUGGCCCCCUGACCCCGUCUGAGAGACUUCGUCUUGCUGCCGCACAGCGAGGAAUGUGUGUGUCCCUGGGCAGGCGCCCACAGCUUCAGGGGACGCCCCGCAAUCACGCACCUCUUCAGCGGAGUCAGCAAAGGGCUCUCGUUGACUUUUAAAAAGGAGGAGAAUGAGGAAGAAAAAAGGAAAAAAAAAAAAAAAAAAAACCCCAAAUGCCAAA